AAAAUGUUUACCACGAUUACGUUUUAUAAUUUGACGAUUAUAAGGCUGAUCAUGUAGAAAUUAUUUCUAAAUGAGUGCCAGUUUCUGGUUUUUUUCACCACUCAAUGUUUCAGUAGAAGUGCCUGAAAACGUCAUGCUCGUGGCUGUCCGUUUCCGUAGCAACGCCUAACAAACUAGAACGAGGAAGUCAUGGUCAGCAUCAGCGAGGAUCUGAUCCGCCGUAGAGCAGAGCACAAUAACGGAGAGAUCUUCUCCCUGGAGGAGCUUUCCCUCCAUCAGCAGGACAUCCAGAGGAUCGAGCACAUCCACAAGUGGUGCAGAGACCUCAAAAUCCUCUAUUUGCAAAACAACCUCAUCCCUAAAAUAGAAAAUGUUGGCAGGCUAAAGAAGCUGGAAUAUUUAAAUCUGGCACUGAACAACAUUGAAGUCAUUGAGAAUUUGGAAGGUUGCGAGAGCUUACAGAAACUAGACCUGACAGUGAAUUUUGUGGGUAAGCUUAGCAGCGUGGAGACGCUGAAGCACAACCUUCAUCUCAGAGAGCUCUAUCUGGUGGGAAACCCUUGUGCUGAAUACCACGGGUACAGGCAGUAUGUGGCGGCAUUUCUGCCUCAACUACAGUGGUUGGAUGGGAAAGAAAUUAGCCGAGCUGAGCGUAUCCAGGCCCUGCAGGAACUGGAUGCAGUGAGAACACGUGUCUUACAGCAGGAAACAGAGUAUUUAGAGAAAAGAGAGAAGCAGAAGAGCAAUGCAAAUGAGCAUCCUGAAAUAAACCAAUCACUCUCCGAGAGCCAAAACAGGACCCGCCAGAAUCCAGUAUCAAGCUCCAAGACUCACACAGAGGCAGAGGACGAGGAGAGGGAAUUCUGGGAGAAGCCGUGCCCAUUCACACCAGAGUCCAGACUAGAGGCCCAUCGCCAUCUGGAGGAGAAGAGGAGAGCCAGUGAGAAAGAGAAAGAGAAGCCAAAAACCAAAGCCCCAAGAACUCUGAUCACUCCAGACGGACGUGUGCUAAAUGUCAACGAGCCUAAAUUGGACUUCAGUCUUUCUGAAGAUGAAAACAACUGCCUGCUUCUGGAUUUACAUGUUUACAGGCAUAUGGACUCUUCGCUGCUGGAUGUGGAUGUUCAGCCAACGUAUGUGAGAGUGACCGUCAAAGGAAAGGUGUUCCAGUUGGUUUUGCCUGCAGAAGUGAAACCUGACAGCAGCUCAGCACAGAGAUCCCAAACCACCGGCCACCUGCUCCUCAUCCUGCCUCUGGCAAAUGAAGAUGUAAAACCAAAGAAACCCACCAUAAGGCCGACCAGUGUUCCCAGUAACCAGAACAACAAGAAGGACACCAGGGCAGCACCGAGGCGUGAAUUAUUAGAGGUGGAUCCUGGUUUGGCUGGGAGUCUGGCCAACAUUGUUCCCAAAGGACAGGAGUCUUCCCACAAUCCCCAGCGCUGUGGCAUGGUGGAAAGGCCUGUGUCGAACGACUUUGUGGACGAUCCAGAAGUGCCUCCACUUAUGUGAGCAAAACGCACAGAGAGAAAGAGAGAGAGAGAAUAUGCUUGAAAUGACACAGCAAGAGAGCAUAAGCAUAAUCACACUCUCUGCUGAGCUUGUGGAAGUGUGUGAGUGUGUGUGUGUGUGUGUGUGCGAUGAAAUAAUGCAAGAUAUAUUUAGCUGUCUUGGUUAGACGUAUAGUUGAGCUGAUGAGUAAUUGAAAGGCUCAUUAAAGCUGGCUGAUGAAUAUUUCACCGCUGCAGAUCCUUCACUUUCAGUGUUCUCUGUCACACACAGACACUUUUAUUGAUAAACAGUCAUGUCUGUUUGUUAUAAUGCUUCACUGUCGGAUGUUGGCAUUAAACUAAAAUG